AAAAUCAUAGAUAAACGAUAAACAAAAUUACGAAAUAUUUUAAAUGAUGUUUAUAAUAUUUGGAUAAAUCCACUUUGGUUAUAUUACAAAUUUAAUUAUUUUCAUGAUUUAAGUUGUAUUUUUAAACUAUACAGUUAUGAACAAUGACCAAGCAGUUCACAGACCUGGACCCUCUAAACAGGACAAUAAAAAACACAAAACUGGACGACACAGAAGUAAAGGAACUUUGGAUGUUAUGAAAAAAGGUAAUUUAAAAUAUUUAGUUGAUAUUUUCUGUUCGUAUGGCUUUAAAUAAUAUAUAAUUUAGGACGUACCGCACUGCAUACAUCUAAAUCAAAGGCCAAUCAUCAAUUAAACCGCAUUGAGCGUAGAAAUCAGGCUAAGAUUGCACGUCAAAUAAAAGCACACCAAUUAUUGUCUGAAAAACGAAGAUCUGUAACUUUGCCUCAUCUGGUUGCUGUCAUUCCUCUUAGUAAUAAUGUGUUUGUCAAUGAAAAAAUGAUGGAUAUGAUUAACACUUUAAAAAAAGCUAAUAUAAACUUAGAUACAGGAGUUGCUUCUGAAGGAUAUUCACAUUUAUGGUUGGUUUUCUUUGUACACACUUCAAUAUUCAACUAGAUAUUAUUUUUUUAUUUUUUCAGGAUUCAACAGCUUAAACAGUCAUUUACUUUCGUAAGACCAGACUGUAGCAGUGUUCUUGGACUUUUAGAUACACUUAAAGUAGUAGACACCAUUCUGUUUAUGGUUUCAGCCGAUAGUGGUUUUGAUCGAGAUGUAGAUUUAUUAAUGACUUGUAUACUAGCACAAGGACUUCCUUCGACCGUUGUAGCAAUUAUAGAUCUUGAUAAAAUUCCUCUUAAAGUCAGUAAUAAUAAUUAGUAUUUUACUAAAUAAUAUAUAUUUUACUUAACUGUAAUUAUUAUUUUAAAGAAACAACAUGAAGUAAAACAGUGUAUUCAAAAAGAAAUUGAAAACUGGUUACCAGAUGAAAAAGUUAGCAAAAUUGAUACAUCUAAUGACAUUCUAAAUGUUCUAAGACGUAUUAAAACACAAAAAAAAAGAUCAAUUACAUUUCGUGACAAACGUGCUCAUUUAUUAGCAGAAGAUUUGUCUUUUACUCCAGGAUCUAAUGUUUGUAUAUUAUUACAUGCAUAUAUAUAUACAAUCUGAUUUUUCUAGCAUGCUUAAAUUAUGUAUCUAUUCAAAUUUCAAUUUUGUUAUUUUUAAGUAUAAUUAAAGACAAUAUUUUCAAAUACACAGAUUUUUUACAGCAUAUAAGGACUAUAUAGUGGCAACACAAACUUUGGGUUUAAAAAUGAAAACCGAUGAAUUUUAAUGCAAAUUGUAAAUCAGAUGAUUGUUUUGAAAAUAUCAGUGUAUUUUAAAUGAAAACAAAACAUUUCUGAUUUAUUCUACUUUAAAUACUAAAAUGAAUACAUUGUAAACGGUUACGAGUUUGAUAGUAAUAAUUAAUAAGUAAUUUGUAAUAUUAAAAUUGUCUAAGUAGUUAACUAUUAACAAAUAUUUUAUCUCGCAUAUCUAAUUAUAAUUACCAAACUCAUUUAAAUCAAUGUAUAUACUAAUGUAUUUAAUUAUUUUUUGUAAAAAAAAAAAAGGAAUUGAAAAAAAACCUAUUUAUAAUGUAUUUAAUAUACUAUCCUUAGUAUUUAAAGUAGAAUAACUUAAAAAAAAUUUGGUCAAAUUUCGAUUAUAUUAAUAUUGUGUUAACGUUUUCAGAAAAAAUUGACUCUCUGUUUACAUUAAAACAUCUAGGUUCUCAUUUGAAAUAUCAAAAUUGGUAUUGCCACAGGAUUUUACUAAAAGUUGAUCAUAAAUCUAAGUAUUCGAAAAUAUCGUUUUAAAAUACAUUUAAAAAUUCCAAAAAUCAAAAUAUGAAUAUUAUAAUAUAUACAAAAUUUAAUUAAAAGAAAAAUGAGCAUUCUUAAAAAAAAUCACCUGGUAUAUCAUAUGAUAUUAAUUCAUUCAAUCAAUUAACACAUUUUUGUAUUAAUUUAUACUUUUAGGAAAAUGUAGGCACCAUGAAAGUGAGUGGUUAUUUAAGAGGUCAACCCCUUUCUGUGAAUUCUUUAAUACAUAUUCCUGGUUGGGGUGAUUUUCAAAUGGAACAAAUUGAUAUGACAAGUUCGAGUAGCGAAGGUCCCAUUUUUUUGGGACCAGAUCCACAUUAUCAGGUCGUAGAAGUUGCUAAUCCCAAAUUACAAGUUUGUUUAAUUUUUAAUUUUUAUUAUUUAGCUGUCUAUAAUAUUAAUAUUAUUAUUAUUAUUUGUAGGAUAGUUUGAUUGCUGAAAAUAUACCGGAUCCAUUGAAUGCUGAACAAACUUGGCCUACAGAUGAAGAAAUGAAAGAAGCAACAGACAAAAUUAAAAUCAGACGUAUGAUUAAACGUGUACCUGAUGGUAUGUCUGUGUAUCAAUCUGCUUGGAUUCCUGAUGAAGAAUCAGAUCAUGGUAUUUUUUAUAUUUAUAUAUAUUUGUUUAUUUGAAAAAACAAUUUUGUAAUUUUUUUAUUUCUAUGUGUUUCUAGAUGAUGUCUCAGAAUCAUCUAAAGAAUCUGAUGACUUUUAUUCAAUAGAUGAUGGAAGUGAUAUUGAAAUGAAAAGUGUAUUGGAUGGAACAGAAACUAUGUCAGUCACAUCUGCUAUUUCCGAAGCACCAAUAGACUCUGAACGUUAUGAUCUGCAGUUUGAUAUAAAUGAAGAAGAAAAUAUAUUAUCCAAAAUAAAAGGUUAUAGAAUUUCUAUUUGAAUAUAAUGUUAUUAAUUAGAACUAUAGAUCCUUAAGCCUUAUAUAUCCUACUAAAUCAAUUAUUAUUAAUAGUAACAUAAUAUAUAUUUAGACACUUAACAUUUUAAUCCACUUCAUUCUAAAUUUCAGUUUAUUUAAAAAAUUACUAACUACAGGGUCUGGCAAAAAAACCUCUCAUAUUUCAAAAGGCAGUUAAAUAUAAACAAAUAUAUGGAAAAAUCAUUUUAUUUUUGAAUUUCAAAUACUAUGCCAUGUGACAUUAAUAAAAUAAUUACUUAUUUUUAUGGAGUACUUCAUUGUUGACACAUUGAUGGACGCUUUCCCAGAAGUUGCUCAUAGUUUUUCAUGUAAUUUCUAGUGUAAUGGUAGCCACUACCUGAGUGAUUGUCUCCUUAAGUCCAUGCAAAGAUGUGGGGCGAUAAAUGUAAACUUGUGACUUUUAAUAUCCCUAGAGAAAAAAUCUCAAGGUGAAAAAUCAGAUGACAGAUGAUAUCUCUUCGCAAAGAAAGAUGUUCAAGACACAACUCUCUCAAAAUUGCUCUUGAACACCAUGAUUUUGUGAGAAUUGUUUCCUGUACGUCUUCUUUCUUUGCGAGGAAACCUGUCAUCUGAUUUAACACAUUAUGAUUUUUUUCUAGGGAUAUUUAAAGGCACAAGUUUACAUUCAUCGCCCCACAUCUCUGCAUGAACUUAAGGAGACAAUCACUCAGGUAGUGGCUAUCAUUACACUAGAAAUGAGAAAUGCUAGAAAUGCUAUGAGCAACUUCUGAGAGAGCAUCCGUCAUUGUGUCAACAAUGAAGUACUUCAUAAAAAUAAAUAAUUAUUUUAUUAAUGUAAAAUGGCAUAGUAUUUGUAAUUCAAAAAUAAAAUAAUUUUUUCCUUUUUUGUUUAUAUUUAACUGCCUUUUGAAAUACAGAAGGUUUUUUGUUAGACCCUGUAUUAUUAUUUUAAUUAAUAUCAUACACCAUUUUUGAUUAACUGUUGGUAUUAUAAUUUUUUUUUUAGAAGCUAGAGCUGAUCAAAUGUUUCCUGAUGAAGUGGAUACGCCUAAUGACAUACCAGCUAGAAUUCGUUUUCAAAAAUACAGAGGCUUACAAUCCUUUAGAACAUCUCCAUGGGAUGUUAAAGAAAAUUUACCUGCUGAUUAUGCUAGAAUAUUUCAAUUUGAAAAUUUCGAUAGAACAAGAAAGAGGAUCUUUAAAAACUUAGAUAAAAUUAUUGAUGGUGCCAUGGUAAAUAUUUUUUAGUUUUAUUACAAAUUUGAGUUAAAAUACAAAUAUAGUAAUGCAAUUGACACUUGAUUUAAACUUUUAUCGAAAUAUAAAUAAUUUGUUGUCCUAUUAAGAUAGUUAAAAGUUAAGAUGGUUUAUUAAUUAAAAACAGAUUUACAAUAAAGUUUAUAUGCAUGCAACUUUUAUCAAACAUUUUUCUACUAAAUAAAUAAUAAUCUAAUUUUCUCUCCUAAUGAUUAUGGUGAUUGCUAGUGACAUAAAAUAUUUAUUUAUAGCAUUUGUCAUUAUACUGCACUGUGCACUAGAGCUUAUUUUUAUGUUUUACAAGUGACAUCAGUGUGCACUGCACUUUGAUAGUAUAAUUAUAUCAUUUCUCAUAACAAAUUUUCUGAACAGAGUGUAAUUAUUAUAAGUGUACAAAUUUGUGAUAUUGAUUCUGGCAGUUCUGCUACUUAUCAACACUGUUAUUUUAUUACGUUUAUUAGUACGGGAUCGUAUUUACCAAUUUUACUUGCAUGAAACAGUAGACAGCACUAUUACUAACUGUUUUAUAUGUUUAGUGACCUGUUUGUUGGGUCUAGAGGUCUAGAUUAUAUGCAAUAUUCGGGGUGAAAAACUAAUCUUCCACUGCUGUCAGUUAUUCCAUUAAAAUAAAAAAAUAAAAAGGUUAUAUGCAAUAAGAUAUGCUUGUAAUACUACAGAUAAAUUUAUACCAACACAUAAAAUUUACCCACCUAGUAAUUAGUUUAUUAUUUAUAAUUUGUUUUUAUUUUUCAAUAGGACAACUUUAUAAAGAUUAAUACGUUUUUUUUCAGCCUGAUUCGUACAUUACAAUUCACGUGAAAAAUGUACCAUCUAAAAUGUUUCAUUCAAGAGAUGGUCGUAAUCCUAUUGUAGUAUUUGGUCUUUUGCCACAUGAACAAAAAAUGUCAGUACUUAAUGUUGUUUUAAAACGUCCAUCUACUGUAGAUUUUGAUGAACCAAUUAAAUCUAAAACAGAACUGAUAUUCCAAUGUGGUUUCCGUAGAUUUACUGCAGAACCUAUAUUUAGUCAACAUACAAAUGGAAAUAAAUUUAAAGUAAGGGGUAUAAUCAAUUUUUGGUUUGAAUAAUAUUAAAUAUUUUAUUCUAUUUAAGUAUGAGCGUUAUUUUCAUCAAGAUUCUAUUGUUGUUGCUACAAUGUUUGCUCCUAUAGUCUAUUCACCAUGCUCAGUAAUAGCGAUGAAGUAUUGUAAAGAUGGUUCAUUUGUGAGUAUAAUAAAUAUCUGUAAACUAGUUAUAAAUCUAGUUUACGGGCCAACCUCAGUUUUCAAUUUUUUUUUUCAAAAUGUGCCUGUACAUUAAGGAUCUAAAAGAAACCUUUGAAGUUGUGGAGGAAAGCUUCAUGAAGUUCGAGUUUUCCAUUUGUGUAUUUCUUAGUUAGAAAUUAAUAUUUUCAAAAUGUGUUUUUUUUUUAAUAGAUCUGUAGUUCCACAUAUGUUUUUCACUUUGCCCUGUUAUCUUGAUGUGGCAUUCCAAACAAAUGAAGAUUUAUUUUCAUAUUAACAUUUGUAACUCUAAAACUUAGCCAAAUAGACUUAUUCCGACUUCGAAAAAAAAAACUUUAUUAUCAAAUUAUCAAUAACUACAAGUAUUAAUAAUAAUAAACAAAAAUGUCUAUUUUUCAAGAUUUAUGUACAAAAACUAUUAAAACAAGUAUGAUAGUUGAAUUUUAUUUUAUCAACGGAGUAAACAUUUAAUAACACACAUUUUGGAAAAAAAAUGUGGAAAACGUGCUUGUACCAUAAACUAGAUUUAUUCCGUAAACUGUUAUUUUUAACAAUUAUUUUGGUUUAUUUUUGUUUUUUUUUAGCAAAUAAUUGGAAAUGGAAAUGUUUUAUCCGUUAAUCCAAAUCGAGUCAUUGUUAAGAGAACAGUUCUCAGUGGUCAUCCAUUUAAAGUACACAAACGUUCAGCUGUAGUCAGAUUUAUGUUUUUCAAUCGAGAAGAUAUUGAUUGGUUUAAACCUGUUGAACUUCGCACUAAAUACGGAAGAAGAGGACAUAUUAAAGAGCCUUUAGGUAUAUUUUAAACUUAUUUAUUUUAAAUAAAAAUAAUAAUCAAAUAAAACCAAUUUUAAAAAUAUAUUUAUUUAUGAUUUUAGGUACUCAUGGACACAUGAAAUGUGGAUUUGAUGGUCUAGUAAAAUCACAAGAUACUGUAUGUUUAAAUUUAUACAAAAGAGUUUUUCCAAAAUGGACUUAUAAUGAAUUUUAUAAUGUAACAACAAAAUAAAAAUAAAAAUAUUAAGUAUAAAAAUUUCACCUGUUGCUUUCUAAUAGUUUGUAUAUAUCUUUAUAAAUGAUUUCUAAAAAAUUUAACCUUGGUGCACUUUUCUGAAAUAAUGUAACUAAUCCGUUUUGGGGUGUUUUAAUUGCUAGGUAAUAUAAUACUUUUUGAGUACGAAUUACAUCAACAAUAAGUACAUCAGUAAUACUUUGCCAUGGUAAGGAAAACACUCUCUGAUGUCCAGUAAUGUAUGUUGUAGUCAGUUGUAAUCCAAUUGGAGCCGUUAUGAGUAAUGAUUCAUUGUGAACUUUAAAGCUUAACCACAGUGAUAACAUGAACAAGAUGAAAACAAUAAAUCCAAUUUUUAUGCAUAUUAUGGUCGUACUAAUUAUAUAAGAGUAUAAUGCCAUAAGUAGCGAUAGUACAACAACAAUAUAUUCAAUGUUUGAAAAAUAUUCUCGUUUUUCUACACAAUAUUCAAUGCACGAAUGAUUUAAUGAUACUUGAGUGGACGAUUUUAAUACAAGUCGGCUAUCCUUCAUUAUUACAUUCAUAGUACACUAAAAAUAAUUUUAAAACAAUACCCGUUAUUAAAAUAUCGAAUUUGCUUUAUUUCUUAAUGAUUAACACAACUAUAAAAUGUACAAU